GCGUUAGUGAGUGACUUUGGGGAGUCAAUUCAGUCCGGCUUAAGGAUGCAAACAAGCAACUGUAAUGUUCAUGUGAACAUUAAUGAAAGUUUAUAUGAGUUUUUUAUGAGAAAUCUAAAAAGGAUAUUACCGAAAGAUUUGCCAAACUUCUUUCAAUCUUCAGACGAUAACUACUUCGAAAAAAUUGAUCACCGUGACUUUUGGGAUGAAAUUAGGGUUCCUUCUCUAGCUAUAACUGUCUUGUUAAAGGAGAGAUCAUCUUUUAAAAAAGCAGAGAAGAUUCUCAAUACAGAACCUUGGAUGUUUCACCACAAAAUAGAAAGAACUGACUCUAAAGGAACAAUAAGAAUUGGUCAACAAAAAUUUUACACACUUAACAACCACCUGCCUUGCUGUUCAAUAUCUCCGGUAGAAGAAAGUUCCCUCGAACGUCUAAGAUUGGUUAUUUUCACAAAAAAUUUUCCAGAAAGCGUACAUGUUUAUAGACUAUUAACGGGAAAGGAAGGAGAUUGCAUCAAAUCAGAUUUUUGCCUGUUCAAUAUCACUCCCUAUCUGCAGAUCGCUAUCAAGCAAUGCCAUCCAGCUGUCGUUUUAUACAAUCUACCUUACUUAUCGGUCUCAUUCUAUUUGAACACUGGAUUCGUUCUACCUCUACUACCUUCAUCUAAAUCAGAUUGUGAUGGCAAUAAAAUCGUUCUUAUUGACACGGACAGUCAUGAUUCCGGCUGGAGUUCGGAAGAAACGAGAAGUUUAAGUUCGACGACAAGUAGCAGAUUGAGUAGUUCAUAUUAUUCACUUCCCUCCUCUAUUAGCCAUAAGAGAGGCAAGCGUUUAAAAGAUAGGCAUAGUGCUGAAAUCAUGUACGGACUGCUACAAUGAAUACACCUGCUUUAGCAUUUAGCCUUUAUAAAAGAAAAAGAAUACAACAAUUGUUGUAAAUGGAUAUUAUGUAAUAAUCUUUAGCAUGCUCGUGAUGAUGUGUGAAAUUUAAAUGGUCAUUUAAGUCAUAAAAUGCUCUUGUACAGUUUUAAGGGUUGGUUCGAGUGUUACUCACUGUAGGACUAAACAAUCUGUAAAGCCCUCUCUUCUCUCCUCAUUAAAAAAUAACGAAGCCUUUUCUCGUAAGAGACUAACAUUUACAUAAGAAGUAUAACCUUUAACCUAAAUAUGUUUUCCCUCAAUUCAACACAUCCUUUCUAAUACCUUUGCGUCAUUGUCGUGAAGCGAAAGAAAGCAAGAAAAGAAAAUUAAAACAUUAAAUCACGCCAUCUAUCGUAUAUUUUGUCAACCUUAUCUUUUAUUAUACACCAUUAGCAUAAUUUACUUAAAGGAGAAAAUUACUCAAUUAUCAUAGAAAUUAAUUAAGUUAUUUUAAGAUUACCAAUGUUGAGUUUAUUGAAUAUUUCGUUUUGAAUAGUACACACAAAUUUACGGGCUAACGUUGACUGGAGAGGAAUUUAUUACGGCAUUUUAUGACCGUAAUUACCUUUUAACUAUACUAUUCAAGCUCCCGCAUGAAAUCUUUAUAAACUCUACCCAAACUUUUGUGUUUAGGUAGAUAAAUAACAAAACAAGAAGCAUUUAUUUUUAUUCUUUAAAGUUUUAAGUUGUUUUUCAGUAAAGUCUUUUUCUAUAUAACAGCAAAAAAUAUAGCUUUUCAUAUUAAUAAAUUCAAAUUUAAUGUAUUCAUUCUGCCAUAAAAUAUUCAAGUUUAUUAAUAAAUAUACUAAUAGAAAGGAACAAUAUUUAUAAGUUUUAUUAUGUAAAAAUUUCUCACUUUUUAUUAUUUCAUAGGUUAUUCUCUUCAACAGAAAUCCUUUU